AUGUUUAGUUUAACAUUUUGCUCUUAAUUUAACGAAGAUAUAUUGAUUAGUACCUAAUAUCCUAUGGAGAAGAUUUAUUUUCCACAAAUGUAGCAAAAAUUAGAACUUGAAUUUUGGAGCUUUUGUGUAGUAAAUUAGCAAGUUAGCUCUUACCCUUAUGUUGAAAGAGAACCGAAUUAAUUUAAUAGAUACUAAUAACAAAUAUUUCUGAUGAAAACUCUAGAUGAUAAUCAGAUAUUGGCUUAUAUGUAUUUAUAUGUGAUACCACACUAUCAACUCAUUCAUACUCUUUAAGUUGAUGGGGAAAAGAUAGAAAUCUCGUAUAAUCCAAGUGAAUAUGAAGGAAUUUGGAUAUUAAAUAUUUUUGCUAUUGAUGGCUCUGAAAUAUUGUUUGAAACUUUAGGACCAUAAGAUUAUUAUAAUUUAUAUUAAUUUCAUGUAAAUAAGUAAAUAUAAGAAUUUGAAAUUUAUAACGGAGGAUCUGCAAUGUUUUAUGAUUAAUAUUAGUUUAGUUAUGUGGAAUUAUCAAUAUUUAGAGGAAGAUUAUCCAAAAUGUUCAUAUAUGAUUAUCACAGAGAUAUUUAUUAAAUAUAUGAUGAGAGAAUAAAUUAAUUAAGAUAAAAUGAAUACUAAUAGACAAUAAAUUUGAUUCCAGAUUUAUUUAAUUUUGAUGGAAUCGUAUAAAAAGAAUUUGAAUUUGAUUAAUUUGGAAGAAAAUUUAGUAUAUUUGGAUGGGUAAAAUAUUAUACAUAAGAUUCAUAUUUUUUGAAAAAGUAUUUAUUAGUAAGAUUGACAUUAUUUUAAAAUUAUUAAGAUGAAUAAGAAUUAGGAGAUGAAAUACUUAAAAUUACAGUAGAUAUAGAUUUAUCAGAUAUAAAAAAAUGUGGAUAUGAUGUGAUAUCUCAUCAUUAUUGGAUGCCAUUUAAUGAAAUGGUAUAUGAAUUUUAAAAAUGGGCUGAUAAUAUCAGUUUAAGAGAUGAUCUACCUUAUUUAUAAUUAUUAUCAAAAUGGCAUUUUGUUUCAUUUGAACAUGGAAUUAAUGUAAAUAAUUUAAGAUCAUAAUUUAAAUUGAAUUAUUUUGAAAAUAAUAAUUUAGUAUCUAAAACCUAUUAUUUUGGAGACGAAUAUUAUGGUAAUUUAUUUAUAAAUACAAAAUUCUAUGCUUUUUUUGGAGGUGAUCGAACUGUUUAUGAUAAAAUGAAAGGAUAAACAUAUGGAUUUUAUUUUAUAACAAAUCUAUAAAAUGAUUUAAACAUUGAAUUUAGUAUUAUUAAUAUUUAUUCCUAGAUUGUCAUUAUAGUUGUUAAACUUGUAAUGGACCAAUGUCUAUAAAUUGUUUAUCUUGUUAUGAUAAUAAUGAAAGAAUCUUUUUAGAAGAAUCUCAUUAAUGUGUUUGUCCUAAAGGAUAAUAUGAUAAAGAUUAAAAAUGUUAAUCUUUUUAAGAUUUAUAUACAACAUUAAAGUAUUAGGAUAUUGAUAUUCAAGUAUCAAAUACUUAAUGUAUGUUUGGAUAUUUUUAUUUGCCAAUGAUUGAAUAGUGUAUAAAAUGGUAUGAAUAUUAUUUUAUAAAAGUCCAUAAUAAAGUUCUUAUAAUUUAUUUUGUGUAGAUUGUUUAUUAAAUCCUAAUGAUUGGUACAUUCGACCAAUCUGUACUACUGAUUUUAUUACACAAUAGGUUAAUAAAGAAUAAGAUGCCUAUACAAAACAAGUAAGAUUUACUUAAGAUUAUGAUCUAUAUUAUAUUGAUAAUUAAUAUAGGUUAAUAUUAUUAGAAGGAGUUUAUGAUUAUUGUGAUAUUAAGAAAGUAUAAUUAGAAAGUUGUGUUUAAUUAAAUGUUUAACAUUUAUCUGGUAUUACGUUUGGUAUUUGUAAAUAAAAUAGAUAUUAUUCUAAAUUUAGAUGUAAUUUAUAAGAUGUUGCUUGUAUUUAAUUAAAUCAAAAUGACAGAAAAUGUAUUAAAUGUUUAAGUGGAUAUUAUAUAUCAGAUGAUGGUUAUUCUUGUUUAUAAUGUCCAAAAACAUGUUAAAAUUGUUAUGGUUUAAAUAAAUGUUCAUCUUGUGAACCAAAUUUUGGACUUUAUAAUGAAUAAUGUAAAAGAUGUGGAAACUUUUGUAAGAGUUGCAAAUAUUCAGAGGAAUUAUAAAUAAUGUAAUGUUUAACUUGUAUUGAUGAUCAUUUAUAUUACUUAUCAUUAAAUAUAUAAGAUUGUAAAUCAAAUUCAAUUGAUAAUUGCAAAUAUGCAUUUGAAACUUCAGAGUUGGAUUUAUAUAUAAAUUCAUUAGAUUAUAAUUUUAAACCUUAUUAUGAAACAACAAUUACUCAAUGUGCAAAAUGUUAAGAUGGCUAUUAUUAUGAUGCUACAAAAAAUGUCUGUCUUGAAAACUAAAAUGAAUUCUAAAUUGAUAGUUGUUUGUAAUUUUAUGUGGAAUAUUUUGGAGAUUAUCGAUUAGACUAUUGUCUAUUUGGUUAUUAUAAAGAAAAUGGAUCAGUAUUGGCAUUUUAUGAUUCAUGUCCAAGACUUAAAUUACAUUGUAUAUAUUGUUUAAUUGAAUAAUUUAUUUAUCAUUAACUUGAUGGUGAAGUAGUAUAUAAAAAGGCUUCAUACUAAUGUCUUAUUUGUGAAAAUGGUUAUUAUGCUUCAAAAAAAAAUGGAGAAUGUUAAUCAUGUCCAUCAGAAUUGCAUUGCUUAAGUUGUUAUUAGUAGAAUAAAUUUACUAAAGAUAAUUGGAAAAAUGAGAUUCGUGCCUUUUAUAAACAAAGAAUAGAAUUUAGCAUAGCAACUGUAGUAUUAUAGCAUAAAUUUACUGAACAUGGAUUAAGUUAAAAUGAUUCAGAUUAUGAGAUACUCUGUUCUGUAUGUUAAGAAGGAUAUGAAUUUUAUGGUAACUAAUGUAUUUAAAUGUGUCCUGAAUCAUGCCUAGAAUGUGCUAUAAUUAAUAAUUAAAAUAUUUGUGUUAAAUGUCCAAAGGGUUUAAAUGGAAGAAAUCGUAGUUUAAUUAAUAAUUAAUGUGUGAGUUGUCCAUAAAAUUGUGAAUUAUGUACUGAAAGAGAUCUAAAAUAAGUACAUUAAAUUAAUCAAUUAUUUAAUAAUUAAUAUUUUACUCAUUUCUCUUAUUAUUGUAUAUCUGGAUUAACAGGAAUAUUUGAUUAAGAAUUAGGAAUCUAUGUAGAUUGUUAAGAUGGUUCAUGUUUUAAAUAAAUUGUUAUCAAUCUAAAUUUAUAUUGUGAUUUAAAUCAAUAUAAUAGUUAAUUUGAUUAAUUAAAAAGUAAUGAAGAUAAAAUUAAAUUUAGACAUGAAAAUAUUUUAAGUGAUAACUUAUUUUCUAAUUCAAGUUUUAAAUAUGUAAUUAUUGAUUUUAUCAUUUUAGUUUGAGACAUAAGAAUUUUAUGAAAUGGCUAAUUAAAAAUCUAUUAAAUCCAUCUUGAUUAAAAUAUUUAGUAAUUAUUAAUAAAGUUGUCAAGUAAAAGAUUAAUUAUAAAUCUCUUAAAGUUUUAGCACAAAUAUAUUUUCAGCAAUGUAAUUAAUAAUUAUUAAUUAAUUAUAGAGAUGUAGAACUAGAAAUUUAUGGCAACGGAAAUACAGCGUUUAGAUUUCAAAAAUAAUUAUUGUUUGCAAAUUUUAAAAGAGUUCACAUCGAAGGAAUAAUAUUUGAUAUAGAAUAUUUUAAUUUUGGCCCAAAUAUACUAAAAUUUACAAGUCCAUUUGAAUAAAAAAUCGAAUUAGUUAAUAUAAUAUAUUAAUAAGCUUCUAACUUAACAACUUAUUAUACUAACAUAACGAAUGCUUCUAAUGUUUUAAUAUAAAAUAUAUUGGUAAAAGAUUGUACAAGAUAGUUUUCUAUUGAAGCUUUUAUCAAGAUUGAAAAAAUGAAAUCUUUUUAGACAAUUAAAAUUAACAAUUUUAGAAUUGCUGAUAGUUAAUUUAAAGAUUUAUAUUUAUUCAUGUUUGAUCUUAAAGAAAAUGAUCAAGUUGAAAUAAUAAACAUCAAUAUUGAAUAAACAUUUUUCAAUCAAUCAUUAAUAUAUUAAACGAGUGGAUAUUUAUCAAUGAAUUAAAUACGAAUAUAUUCAUGUAACAUAUCCUCUUAAAAUGGCUUAUUUUAGAUUAAUUCUUUAAAACAUUUUAAAUUAACUUCUUUAGUGUUUAUAUAAAAUUCACUUUAUUCUGGUAAAAUUAUAAAUCUUAAUCAAAAUGUAAAUUUGAUAAAUCUCAAUUUUGUUAAUAAUGAACUCUAAGGAAAUUCCUUGUUUAUUUAUAAUGAAAAAGUUAAUAUUGAAAACAUUUCAAUUGAAAAUAUUCUAUUUUAAUUAAAUAAAUUUAGCGAAAAUGCCUUAUUUAUGAAAAUCAAUUUAGUCUUACAACCUAAUAAGGAAAUAAUUAUUAAUUAAAUAUCUAUGAUUGAAAAUUAAUUAUUAUUAUACUAACUAAAAAGUGUUUACAAUAUUUUAGAUGUAACUUUAAUCUAUUUGGAAGCACAGAUAAUAAAAAUUGAUGAAUUGAUCAUUGAAAAAGUAUAUGGAAUACCUGAUUUAGUAGUUGCAAAUGCCAAUUUAUUGCAAUUAAAUCAAAUAUAAAUUAAAUAACAUGAAAAUCACAAAUUUAAAGGGCUUUAUUAGUAUUUCGAUUGUUUUAAAGAGUCUAUUAAAAAUUAAUUUAAUUAUCCUUGGAUUAAAAUUUAUGAUGUACCAAUGAUUGAUAUUAAAUAUUUAAAUAUAACAAAAGCUUAAUCAAUCAAUUACCCUAUAAUUGAAAUUAAGACUUCUAUUUUUACAUUCUAAACCCAAAAGUAUAUUAGAAUGACAUAAAUGCAUUUUAUUCAAAAUAUGCUAAUAAUCACAAACAAAAUUAAUAUAGCUUCACUUUUAAAAAUAACAUCUGAAGAAGAUUAUUAAAUAGAAAUAGAAAAAUCAAUUUUUGAAAAAAAUUUGAUGCAUCAAUAUGAAUAUAUAGGUUAAAUCAAUUCAGGUUUGAUAUUCUAUAUUGAUUGUAAGACUUGUACAUUCUUUCUUAAUAAUCUAUUAGUCAAAUAAAAUAUUGUUACAAAUUCUUCUAAUAGCAUUAUUUAUUUUUAAAUUUAAAGUAUAGAAAUACAUAAUUGCAGUUUUAUUGAAAACAAUUUAUAUGACUAUUCAAUUUUACAGCCCUAUUUAUUUUGGAGUUUUAAUAAAGAUUAGUAAAUCUUUAUUGAAGAAAUAUAAGAAAUAUUUCCUAUAAAAGUUAAAACAGGAAAUGCCAAAAUUUUAUGUCAAAAAAUACUGUUAAAAGAUAUCAUAAUUUCUAACUCUACAGUUUCAGGACUUUAUAUUUCAUUAGAGAAAGAAGCUUCUGUCCAAAUUUAAGACACAAUCAUUAGUGUAAUUAGUCCUUCAUUUUCUAGUGAAGACGAAAAUGGCGGCGCUUUUUUAAUUGAUACUUCUUUUUCUAUUUCUUCAGUAAUAAAGUUAAUAAAUAUAUAUGCUACUAAGAUUUAUUGCAGAAAUAAAGGCGGUUUGCUUUACAUUUAAAAUGUUCUAGAGGAUACUACAAUCUAAAUUUAUAACAUUGUUAUUAAUGAUGUAUAUUCAUUAAAGGGAUCAAUAUUUUAUGUAGAAUUUCCUUAAUUUACUCAAUUGAAAUAGUAAUUUAUUCUUGAAAAUUUUAAUUUGACAAAUUCAAAAUAAGAAUAUUUACAAUUUAUUAGUAAAUUUAAUGAAGUAAAUAGCUAAUUAUUAUCAGAAUUAGCAUUUGGUAGAAGUUUGUUCGAAAUUAAUAAUGCAAAUUUUAUAAGUUUAAAGAAUAUAAUGAUAUAUUCAUUAUUUCAUGAGUCUUUUGCUAUUUUAACAUAAACAUUAACAAUAUAAUUAAAAAAUUGCAGAAUAUCAAAUUCAUAAAUUUAAAAUUCAUUAUUGAGUUUGAAUUUAAUGCAAAGUAAUUCAUCAAUCAGGAUUAUAGAGUUUCACGUUACAAAUAUUUAAAUUUUAAAUCAAAUACCUAUUAUAGAAAAAUGUACUUCAAAUUUAUUAAAUGUUUAAAUACAUCAUUAAAUCUGUUAAAAAGAUAUAGUCUUUUAAGAUUCCCCUAUCUAAUUGUAAUCUCAAUAAACCAAAGAUAAUUUAUUGAAUAGUUAUUGCAUAAUUGAUAAAAUGAAUUUGUAAUAAUAAACAAAAUCAAGCCUUAUAGAUAUUAAUCCCUAAAUAACAUUUCUUGAGAUCUCUGAACUUCGCUUAAAAAAUAUAAAAUGUGAGAAUUGUAAAAAAGGAUUAUUAAAUAUUUAUUAUUAAGAUGAUGAGAGUAAAAUAAUUAUGAAUUCAAUUAUUUUUAAUGAUAAUUAAUGUGGAGAAUAAAGUUGCUUAAAUAUAAUAAAAUCUAUUCCAGAAUUUAGAAUUUUAUAAUCUUUAAUUUAGAAUAUCAAUGAUAAACAAUAUGAUCUAAGAUUACAAAAUUAUAAAUGUAUUCAAAACUUUGCUUAUAGAGGUACUUGUUUAUACAUUCAGGAUAUCAAGACUUUGAUUAAAGAUUCUAUUUUUUUAAAUAAUACGGCUAAAUCAUAAGGAGGAUCAAUCUAUGUAAUUGGACAGGAGAGCUUUUUUGUAUUGAACUCUGUAAUUUAAUUUAAUAAAGCUGAAUUUGGUGGGGGAUUAUUCUUAAAGGAUUAGAUAGUUUAAAAUUUAAGGAAAUAAGGCACGUUGAUUAAUAGUAAUAUAGGAUAAUAAUUUGGUAGUAAUUUUGCUUAACUUCCUUCUUAAUUAUCAGUCUAAAUUGAUUUAGAAAAUUAUUUACCUAAAGUAAAAAUAUUAGAGAAUGAAAAUACUUUAAUAGAAGAAAUUAAAAUUGGAAAUUAUGUAUUAUUUUAAAAAAGCUAUUCUAAUUCAUUAUAUGUUCCAAAUGGAUAAGCAUUGUCUAAAUACUAAUUUUUUGAUUAGAAGAAAUAAGUUUAUACUUAAUAUAAUUUGCAUUUAAGACUAAUUCCAUUAGAUUUAUUCAAUAAUGUUUAAGAAAAUUUAAAUAAUACUUAUUGUUUAAUAAGUGGUAGGAUACUUAAUGGGAAAGAAGAAUCAAAUUUUACUUAGGAAUUUACAAGUUUUAAUAAUGUCACAUUCAAUUAAUCAGAUAAUUAUAAUUUUGAUGAUGUUAUCUUUUACUUAGAUGAUUAAUAGAAUCAAACUUUAUAAUUAUAAUUUCAUUGUAAUUCCAUAUUCCCUCCAAUUUACGGAAAAAAUUAAGAAAUUAUAGGAUAUCACAACAAUUAUUUUUUAAGAAUGAAUAUUAAAUCAUUACCUUGUUAAUUAGGUGAAAUUAAAAGCAUUUUUGAUAGUACUUGUAUACCUUGUAAUGCGACACAAGGUUUAUAUUCAUUAGUUCUUAAUUCUAAUAAUUGUUUAUAGAAGGAUGAUUUCUCAACUAGUGAAAUUAAAUCAGCAUAAUUAAAAUUAAAACCAGGAUUUUGGAGACCAUAUUUUGAUACUGAUAAUAUUAGUUAAUGUAUUAAUUUAUUACAUAAUUGUAAUGGUGGAUGGAUAGAAGGAGAUACAUCUUGUUAUGAAGGUCAUGUUGGAGCCUUAUGUGAAGAAUGUGACAUUUAUAAUAUUCGAGGUUUUGGACAUUUUUCAACAAAUAAAAAAUAUACUUGUGGCUCUUGUGUUGAUAAUAAAUAAAAUAUUGUUGCAAUUACUGCAAUAAGUUUAUGGUAUAUAUUUGUUAUUAUUAAUUAAGGACUUUAAUUUCAAUUUUAAUUUCAGUUAGGAGUAAUGUAUCUUUAAAUUAAUAAAUGAUACUUAAAAAAGUAAUUUCUAGACUAAUAAGGACGACUAAUCUGUAAAAUCACUCUAAUUUAGGCAUCCUAAUAAAAAUGACUACUAAUCAUUUACAAAUAGUCUCUGUUAUUUUUACUUUUAAAUUUAACACAUUAGUAGAAAUUGGAAAUGUAAUUAACGCUAUUAGUAAUCCAAUUUAAUCAAUGACUCAUUCAUUAGAUUGUUUAUUAAAAGAUUUGUUUAAUGUUCAAAUUCAUUAUUCAAGAAUGAUAUGGUAACUAAUCAUGCCGUUUAUUUACAUUUCUUUGUUUUUAGUUUUAUAUUUGUUUGCUUUGAAAAUAAAUAAAUUGAUAUAUAGUACAAGUGUAAUAACUACAGCUUUAAUAUAUAUGUACAUUUACAUCUAACCAUUUUUGGUUGGUAGAUUAAUUUCAUUAAUAUCUUUUAGAUAGAUAUCUGGAUUUAAUUGGAUUUAAGCCAACAUAGCUUAUCGAUAUGAUACAGAAUUACAUUAUAAAUGGUUAUUCAGUUUUUGCCUUCCACUUUUAAUUUUAAUUUCUUUAAUAAUCCCAUUAUUCUUUUUAAUUUCUUUAUAAUUAAAUCGAUCAUCGUUAGAUGAAAAAAAAACAAAGUAAAGAUGGGGUUAUCUAUAUAAUGAAUAUAAGAUCUAAGCUUAUUAUUGGGAAAUAAUUAAAAUUUUUGUUAAAUAAUUGCUAAUUAUUUUUCUUUCUUACUAUGAUGAAAAUAUUGUAAAGAAAGGUAUUCUAUUAUUGUCGUUAGUAUAUAUAUAUUGGUAAUUGAGUCUAAGAUUUCAACCUUAUUAAUUGUUCAUCCUUAAUUAAUUAGAUGCUUAUUCAGCUAAUGUAUGUGGAAUAUCUAUAGCAGUAGCAAUAGGAAUUUAUAUUGAUCAAUAAAAUAGUUCAUAUGAAAUUUAGAUACCAUAUUUAAUUAUUCUUUUAACUCUUAAUUUAUAAUAUUUGGUAAAAAUUUUUAAACAAAUAAUAUUGACUCUCAUAGAAGAGAAAUCUGUUUUGUUUGAUAAAAUUAAGGAAAUAAUCAUAAUUAAAAUUCCAUGUAUUACAAAAUAUGCAAUAUUUAAAAAAUUGUUGUCAAAUAGAAAUGUCUAAAAAUAAAGAGUUGCUCUCAGGUAUCUUAAAUUAAAAAAAUACUUAAUAAACGAAGCUUAAAAAAAUCUAUCAUCAAGAAAUUCCUAUGGUAUAAAAAUUAUAACAAAUUCAAGUAUAAAAAAGACUUCCAUUUGAUUAUAAUCACUUAUUUCAAAAAUUUAAUUUUUAAUUUUUUCUUUUUUUAUUACUACAAUUGAUCUAAUAAAUUAAUUAUUUUUGCUCAUUGUUCUCUUUUGUUAAAAAAUAAUAAUCAAAGUAUGAAAAUAAAAAAUCUUAAAGUAAUUAAUUUGCUUAUUUUUUAUUUUUGUAAACUGAAGAUCUCACAAUCUGCGUAUUAAGCUUGUUUUUAUACUUUAGAAGCUAGGAAAAUAGUUUAUUAAUAAAAAAAAUAAAAUUCUCACAAUUAAUGAAAGUAGAAAGAAAUUCUCUUAAAAUUGUAUCAUUAUAAUUUCAUAAUUAUUAUAGAACUUUUUAAAAGAAAGCAAUAAUAUCUAAAUAAAAUAAAUGUUCAUAAUUUUCUAAAAUCAAUGGUUUCCUUUAUCUCUAAAGCAAGACCUUCUGCAAAUUAGUUGCUAAAAAAUUAACCAUUUCAAGAAAACUCAGAUAAUAAAUAGUUAAAUAAAUUUUAUCAAAAGAUAUGUAAAAUCAACUCGAAUAAACGAUUAUGCCUAUUAUUUCAAAUUUAUAAAGAAAUAAAACUGUAAUGAUAAAAAUUAAUUUUGUAAAAAAGAAGGCAAUGAGAUUUUAUAAAAUAAAAAGGAAUUUGUUUUUAUAAUUUAAGAAAAUAUAUUAAAAGUAUUUCCUGCAACUCAAAAAAGCUAUUACUAAAGUAUGAAAAUUUCUUUUAUUUUUAGAAUAAUUUUUUGGGCUUGUGUUGUAAAUAAGCAAAAAAACUCUAUAGCUCCACUCCUCUAAUUCUAUAAAUAGCAUUAAUAUAUAAUGAAAAAAAUAAAAAAAUUUAAUAAUCAUUAUAGAUUUUUUUUUUAAAUGAAAAAUAAUAAAAUAAAUGA